ACGGGUGCUAGGUGCGGCUGUGUGUGUGAUGUAAGGGUACUGGGUGCACGUGUGUCCCUGGUUUUACCCUCCCUUCCCCCCACCAGAUGUGUUCUGGGGAGGGGGUGAUAGCCUUCUGCAGCUGCCCCUUGCCCAGCUUGCCUGCCUGACCUCCUCUCCCGGGAAGCCAGAAAGCGUUAACUGGUCCCUCCCUCAAAUGCUCUUCGGGUCAGGGGGAGGGUAGCAGCAGGCCAAGCCCUCGGGAAAGAGGGGAAAGGCUCCGCAGAGCCGGGCCAGGCCAGCGACCCUGCUUCUCCGGCAUAGCCUGGGUAGCCCUCCAGCUCAGAUCACUCAGGGCCUUGGGCUCCAGCGGUUUCUCUCUCUGGGACUGGAAGUGGGGGAUUCAACCCGGAGGGAUUCUUGAGCUCACAAGGUGCUGAAGAAGUGAGCCUCCUGCCCACUCAGGCUGCUGAGCCAGGAGGGGCCAUGGCGGGCCUCGGCUGCCUCGAGCUGGGGCUGUUCUGCUGGGUGCUGCUCGCUGUUCCUGUGGGUCCCCAGCCAGCUUCUUCUGCCCCAGGUGCCCCUCUUACCACUCUGACCCCAGCACCUCAGAGUGAGGCCUCUAUGCUGUCUCUCAACCUGGGACUAAAUUUCAAAUUCCAUCUUCGGGGACCUGCUGCUGUCUGGGGGAGCCCUGUCACAGAGACCCACCCUCUCUCUCCUGGGCUAGGCCAGGAGUCCAAGGAAGAGGCGGAAGGUGAUCUGAGGACUGACCCCAUUUGGGAACUACUGGUGGGUUCCCCUGGGAACUACCUCUCAGAGUGGGGCUCUGCUGAGGGCAGCUCUUCACCCUGGGUCUCCUCCCUGCCUCCUGAGUCCACACCCCCAGUCUCUGGGCCCACCAAGCAGCCCACUGCUCCCUCUCAGCCUAGGAUGGGCACUGUGACCUGGGCUACUGCUCUGACAGCUACAGCACCUCCAACCAGUGCUCCUAGGCCUCAUCAGAGUGAGCUUGAGCUGAAAUUUGGUGUGGCUUUGAGAGCAGGUGCAGCCCCGACUCUCGGUCAUCGGUCCCUGCCCUUGCUGCCCAGCCUGCGGGCCAGCCUGGCAGAGAUUGCUGGGCGCCUGGGACCCUUUGGGUUCUUUGGCACUACAUUGUCUCCACUCCGGAACUCAUCAGGUACCACAGCACAUCCAAGCUCUGCCUCUGAAGCGUCAGAGUCUCCAGGGCUCUUUGGUACCACUCGGUCCCUACCCCCACCUCUCCUGGAAAGAGAGUUCUCAAGCUCAAGCCUGUUGGACUCAGUGGCUUCCCCAAGCCCUGCCUCAAUCAAGACAACACCAGCGCAACAUGACCCCACUGUCUCCACUUCUGGUCCAUAUGAACCCUUUCCUGCCAGUUUCGGGAACCCUUCAGUACAGCCUGAAUGUGACCCAGAUUCGUGUAGUGAGCCAGAGUUGCCCGAUGACUUGCGACAGCCUCCUGCCUCCCCGCUGCCUCUCUUCUUCUUGACCCUGGAGGCCGACUGGGCAGAGGCCAAGGCUCGUUGGGGCCUGGCCUGGGAAGCCCAUGUAUAUGGGGCAGGAGCGCUCUUUGGCCUGGUGGCCCUGCUGGCUCUGUUGGCUCUGGCCCUCUUGCCCUGGCGUUGCCCUCCCGGCGCCCCCUGCCUGGCAUUACUGGAUCUGCUGCUGCUCUUGGCGGGGACCACUCGGGCCUUCCCGCUCUUCUACGACGCCUACGGGCACCGCGACCGGUUGCCCACCCUCGCCUGGCUGCUGCUGCAGGACCUUCCGCAGCCCUGCUUAGCCGCAGGCUUGGGGCUGGCUUGCCUGCUGCUGGCCCGGCCGCGCACGCCGCGGUGCCCCGCCAGCUUGGCUACGCUGCUGCUGCUGCUGGGGCUGGGGCUGGCGGCCGCGGCCACCCUGGGGAGUGCGGUGCACCGUCCUCUGCGGCCGCUGCGGCUCGCCUCCCGCGGGCUGCACGCCUUCCUCGCUGCCUUCCUGUCGGCGCUCCUGCUGGCGCUCUCUUGCUGGGGUGGCCGGCGGCGGCGAGCCGGAGCACCCCUGGGAGGAUCUGGCUUCAAGGGCUCUACGCCUGUCCCGCAAGUGCGCAGCCCCUUCGCCCCGCGGGAGUCCUGGAAGCGCGCGGCGCGCACAGCCCCGGUGGCCGGCACCUUUGGGCUGCUGAGCGGAGCCAUGCAGGGCUACGAGGUGCUUCACGCCCUGGGCUACGGCGCCCAAGCCGGCUUGGAGGGGCCCUGGCCCUGGUGGGCCUUCCAGCUAGGGCUGCGUCUGGGCGAGGUGGGUAUCGCGCUCCCCUUGGCUCUGCUGGGUCUCUACCCGGCGCUCUGCAGCCCUCGUGUGCCGAGGCGCUGCUGGGCCAAGCUCUUCCGAUUGUCGCCGGGACACGCUGCCCCGCUGCUGCCAGGAGGCUGGGUCCCUGGGACCCGGGACAAGGAGCCCCUGGGUAGCGCGAUCUCGCGUGGGGACGCGGAGCUGCUGCAGCUGUGCGCCCUAGCGGGCCCAGGUCCCGACCUCCUACUCCAGGGUGGCGGCUGCCGGGGCUUCGAAGGUGCCGGGGCCAACCCAACGAGGUCACCAGCUUCCUCCCCUAGCAGCGAUUGCACGGUGGACUUCCGCCCGCCUUCACCCAUCAACUUGCGGCGCAGCAUCGAGGAGGCCCUCUGUAGCGAGGCGCUGCUGGCUCCUGGCCUCUUCCAGGGCACUGCUUUUGGGGAAGCCCUCCCUGGGCUCGGCCUCUUCCGCACCAUCUCACUGGGGAACAAGACAGGGGCAGGACCCAGUGAGAGGUCGGAGAAGAUCCCUGGAUCUCCAGCGCCUGCUGAGCUCCCUUCUCCUGGGGCCUGGCCGGCAGGCAGUAGCGCUUCAUCUGGCUCUCUGUGCGGACUCUCACGCGACAGCUCAUCCAUGCUUCUGUGUUCCAGCCCCGACAGACCCCCGCGCUGUCCGCUAGUCUGCGUCCUCAGUCCCCCGCGGCCCUCAGGGAGCAGCCCCAACCUCCCAGCCUCCGGAUCCUACCAGGCCCUAUCCCCACCCUCCCGCGACUCCCCUGAACAUUCUUCCGAGCUGCAGGCUGAGGAGGCAUUGCUGCAAGAGCAAUUCCUGGAUGCCUGCCGACAGAUUGACGAGCUGAGCGUGGGCAGCGACACCAUAGACCUGUGAAGAGGCGGCUAUCUCACAGCCAAACCGUUUGCCCUCUUUCUGGCUUCUAAUCUGCCCAAGACCUGCACACUGUAAUCAUUCCCAAUUCUGCCUGGCCCAGAUACCUCUUUUUGAUUCCUCCUCAUCCAGGGCCCCCUGGGUGGGUGGGUGAGCAACCAGGCUCUGUGGAUUGGGGAAUCAGUGCCAACUUCUCUGGAACCGUGGGUGCCGAUGCCCCCAGCUGCAAUUCUAGGCUGGCAGGGUCUUACUUUCCUUGGCUUUCACCAGCAAUAAAGUUCCAAGGUGCUCCGCUCCUGACCACCCCCACCCUUACCCUGGUGCUGAGUGAGACAGCUGUCCUCAGAAGACCUAGAGCCCUGUCUGGGCUCCGUACCCACUUCCGCCAUCUCCUUCACGGAACCAUUCCCUGAAGAUGGAUCUGUGGCCCAUCCAAGAGACUUUAUAGCAGCUGGUUGGGAAAUGGGCGUUUUCAGACUCAAUGUAUCAAUAAAAUAUUUUCA